CCAAACCGUAUCCUUAGUGUUAGGGAAAUAAUUACUAUAUAUGCCAACGGCACUCAAGGAAAUAAUUACUGAUCUCUCAUCUAGAAAUAGAAUAACGUUUCAUUCCACAAUUCAUGUAAAGAGUCGACAUAGAGCCAGAGGUUAUCCAGCUCAACUCUGAGCUGUUGCUAAUUGCAUUUUUUUUUGUCUAAACCAAAAGCUAUGAGAAAAUUAGCUUUGCAGCGCAUGCAGAAAUUACCAAGACACAGAGAGAGAGAGAGAGAAAGAGAGAGAGAGGUGCAUGAGAGUUGGAGUUGGAGUAGAGAGACAGAGAGAUGGGCACUGUGAUGAUCAAUUCCUACAUUGCAGAGAAAAACCAUUUCCCAUCUCUUCCUCGACCCCACAAAAGUUCACCUGGAGGAUGGAAAGCUAUUCGAUAUAUUCUCGGGACUGAGACCUUCGAAAAAUUGGCUACAAUGGGUUUGAUAGCCAAUUUAGUGGUUUAUCUGAACACAAGAUACAACAUGGACAAUGCAACGUCGGCUUAUGUGUUCAACAUUUGGUCUGGUCUCACCAAUUUUCUACCCUUAGCAGGCGCUUUUGUUUCCGAUGCUUUUUUGGGAAGGUUCGGCACUCUUCUCUUUGGCACGACAGCAUUGCUUCUGGGCAUGGGGACCAUGACCUUAACUGCAGGGAUACCUAUGUUAAGACCCUCUUCCUGCAUUAAUGAGGAAUCCAAUUGCGCACAGCCUCAGGGUUGGCAGCUAGCCGUCCUUUAUGGGGGUCUUGCACUGAUAGCCCUAGGAUCUGGAGGCGUUAGACCCUGCAACAUUGCCUUUGGUGCCGAUCAAUUCGACCCCACAACAGAGAAAGGGAGAGCACAACUAGAGAGCUUCUGCAAUUGGUGGUACUUAUUAUGUACAGUCGCCCUCAUGGUAGCUCUGACCGGAGUUGUCUACGUUCAGACUAAUGUGGACUGGAUUCUGGGAUUUGCCAUUCCAACUUGUUGCCUUGCCCUUUCUAUAUGCAGUCUCCUGCUUGGUUGCCAUACUUACAUACGCAUGGAGCCGCAAGGAAGCAUCUUUGUUGAUAUGGCCAAAGUCAUAACAGCUGCAUGUAGAAAGUCUGGUCUUAUCAUAGGACAGCCGGCCUCUAAGCAAUCCUACUAUGAUCCUCCAAUGAUUGGAUUAGAGCCACAAAGAAUGAAGCUUGCCCAUUCUAAUAUGUUUAAGUUUCUCGAUAAGGCUGCCAUAAUUACUGAUCCAGGAGAAUUGGACAGCCUAGGCAAGCCCAAGAACGGUUGGAGACUAUGUAGCUUGCAAGAAGUAGAACAACUAAAACGUGUGAUUGGUGUCUUGCCAGUUUGGUUAACAGGAAUUGGUUGCGCUGUAGCUACAACACAAAUGAAAUCAUUUGGCGUCCUUCAAGCAAUUCAAAUGAACAGAUCGAUUGGAUAUUUAACCCAUCUCAAAAUCCCACCAGCCUGGAUGAGCCUCACAUCCAUGAUUGCACUCUCAAUAUGGAUCUAUACUUACGAGCAAGUUUACCUUCCUCUAAUGCGGAAAAUGACCCAAAAUGAUAAAAGAUUGACAUUGGAACAAAGAAUCGUGAUCGGAGUUGUGAUGUCAAUUUUGUGCAUGUUGGUAGCUGGGUUUACCGAGAUGGAGCGUCGUGACUCAGCUUUGAAACGUGGGUCCUUUGAGUCACCUAUAACAGUUGCAUUGCUUCUACCUCAAUUUGUUUUGUCUGGUUUGAUUGAAGCUUUUGGUGCCAUUGCCAUGAUGGAGUUGCUUACUGCACAUUGGCCAAAUAACAUGAAGACUCUUGGGGGGGCAAUCUUUUAUCUCAGUUUCACUAUUGCAGGCUGUCUGAAUUCCAUUCUCAUUGAUAUCUUCCUCAAAGUCGCUUGGAUAAAUGGAAAGUUACCAUGGUUAGGUGGUAAUGAUCUUAAUAAGAACAGGCUCGAGUACUUUUAUUUCACCGUUGCCGCUCUCUCAACUUUAAACCUGAUCUAUUUCCGUGUCUUCGCUUGCCGUUAUUUGGAGUAUAUCGAGCCGCAGAAGUCAUUCCAUUGUGAAGCGAAUGAUCUCGAGGAAAAAUGGUUGCAGAUGAAAGGAACAGAUCAUUAGAAAAGUAACCGAGUGACCAGUUUUUUAUUUCUAUUUUUAAUUUUUUUUCCUAGAGGCGUUUAUCGUGCAUUAUACCUUUGUGGAUUCAUCUAACGUGUACUGUAAGAUUUGUUUUUGCAUUUUUCAUGUUAAUAACAAAUUAGCCUUAAAUUGUGCAGUAAAUGUCUCAUGUUUCUC